AUGCUUGUCACCAAGUCUGUUCUUGCCCUCUGCCUGGUCUCCAUGGGCAUGGCCGCUGCUCUACCCAAGGUGGCCAAACGUGAUGAGCUCGAUGGAGAUCUCUACAACUACAAGAGAGAUGAGCUCGAUGGAGAUCUCUACAACUAUAAGCGUGAUGAACUAGACGGCGACUUGUACAACUACAAGCGUGACGAGCUUGAUGGCGAUCUCUACAACUACAAGAACAAACGCGACGAGCUCGAUGGUGACUUGUAUAACUACAAGAAGAACAAGCGCGACGAACUUGAUGGCGACCUUUAUAACUAUAAGCGUGACGAGCUAGACGGCGACUUGUACAACUACAAGAGCAAGCGUGACGAGCUUGAUGGAGAUCUCUACAACUACAAGAACAAGCGCGAUGAGCUCGAUGGAGACCUCUACAACUACAAGAACAAGCGCGAUGAACUUGAUGGAGACCUCUACAACUACAAGCGUGAUGAGCUUGAUGGCGACCUCUACAACUACAAGAACAAGCGCGAUGAACUAGACGGUGAUCUCUACAACUACAAGAAUAAGCGUGACGAGCUCGAUGGCGACUUGUAUAACUACAAGAACAAACGUGACGAGCUCGAUGGUGACUUGUACAACUACUAA